AUUCACGGCGCUGCUUUACGGCAAACGCCUGACAGAGAGAAACGCGACUGAAUCUACUCUGAAGCGAACAGCAGCAGAAUCAGGUGAACACGAGCGCCAGAGUUCGGUCUGCUCACCGAGUAUUUACACCGCAUCACGUCUGAGGAGGAGUUUCAGCCUUUAAGGGAAAACUCGCCGCAUUUAACGAGAUGAUCGAGGUGGUGUGUAAUGACCGUCUGGGGAAGAAGGUUCGAGUCAAAUGCAAUCAGGAGGACACUAUCGGGGACCUGAAAAAGCUGAUCGCGGCUCAGACCGGCACACGGUGGGAGAAGAUCGUGCUGAAGAAAUGGUACACCAUCUUCAAGGACCACGUGUCUCUGGGGGACUAUGAAAUCCACGACGGCAUGAACCUCGAGCUCUAUUACCAGUAGAGAACACACACACACACACACACACACAACACAACACAAAUACACUCAUACCACACACAAAUGAUGUCUCAAGGCACCAGGAAGUGUUCAGUUGACCUGUUUUGAUAUGAUUUGCAAAUAAAACUGAUAUUUCUGUAAAGUCCA